GUGUCUUCAUUGUAAAGUCUUCGGCUAUUUGGAGAUCAGCUGACACGAAGGAUCACAUGCAGGAGGCCGCUACGCGAACACUGCUGCACGCCUGUGCGAGAUCGCGUUGCACUUUCGCGUGGCUGCACAGCUAAGGGCUCAUCGGCCACCCCCUUGUCAAAAAAGGAAGAAGGAAAGUGUAACAGGCGGAGAAACAACCGGGCUGCAAGAUCAGGAGCGUCUUAGGAAAGACCGCCGUGCAAUCUCCACUGCGACCCCAGCUCUGUUUGAUGGUGUCGGAAAGCGAAGAGCUGCCCAUUCGGACCUGAGAAGAAGCCGACGGCCAGCCCGUCCUCGAUCCCCGGCGCCACGCUCCGUGCGCACCGACUUGCUGCAGGACGUCUCGCUAAAGCUGCUGGGGUCGACCAUGUCAAAAAACACAGCACGAAUGAGAAGAAAACACAACCUGAAAAUUUCUGAUGAAGUCUUCAAGCAAAAAGAGCCAGAGCCAGUACCACCUCGGAACCUGGACUCGAGGACCUUCAUCACGAUUGGAGACCGAAACUUUGAAGUCCAAGCCGAUGACUUGGUGUCCCUCUCAGAGCUCGGGCGAGGCGCCUAUGGCGUGGUGGAGCGUGUGCGACAUGCCCAGAGUGGCACGAUAAUGGCUGUGAAGAGAAUCCGAGCCACGGUGAAUACCCAGGAGCAGAAGAGGCUGCUGAUGGACUUGGACAUCUCCAUGAGGACCGUGGACUGUCCCUACACCGUCACGUUUUAUGGGGCACUCUUCAGAGAGGGGGACGUGUGGAUCUGUAUGGAGCUGAUGGACACGUCGCUCGACAAAUUCUACAAAAAAGUGAUCGAUAAGGGGAAGAUCAUCCCAGAAGACAUUUUAGGAAAAAUGGCCGUCUCAAUUGUCAAGGCCUUGGAGCAUCUGCACAGCAAGCUGUCGGUGAUCCAUCGGGAUGUAAAGCCCUCGAAUGUUCUCAUCAAUAAUGAAGGACACGUGAAGAUGUGUGAUUUUGGGAUUAGCGGGUACUUGGUGGACUCCGUGGCGAAGACGAUGGACGCUGGCUGCAAACCCUACAUGGCGCCAGAGAGGAUAAACCCCGAGUUGAGCCAGAAAGGAUACAACGUCAAAUCGGACGUCUGGAGCCUGGGAAUCACCCUGAUUGAACUGGCGAUCCUCCGCUUCCCCUACGAGUCUUGGGGGACCCCCUUCCAGCAGCUGAAGCAAGUCGUGGAGGAGCCGUCCCCUCAGCUACCUGCGGACCGAUUCUCGAAGGAGUUUGUGGACUUCACUGCCCAGUGUCUGAAAAAGAACCCAGCUGAACGAAUGAACUACCUUGAGCUCAUGGACCACCCCUUCUUCAAGAUCCACGAUGCCAAGGAGAGCGACGUGGCCUCGUUUGUCAAGGAGAUCCUGGGCGAUGAGCAGAAUUGACGACGCAGCCUCCUCCUCUUCCUCCUCCUCCUCCUCUUCCUCCCUCUCGUUUUUGCCUUUUUCAGUACCCCUGUGAUACUGAUGAUGAGAUAUUGACACUCAGUACCUUCCUUGGAGGACAACUGGAAUAUUUGGUUUAAGGAAAAAAAAAAAAAUAAUAAUACAGUAUUGCAAAGUUAUUUUUUUAUGUAUUGUACCAAACUUUCAAAAGAAAAACACGGAAAAAGUGAACUCGCCAAAGAGAGAACGCGGCGGAGCGGACCGGAUGAGAUUUAACGGCCGCGCUGUGUGGACAUCUCUCCGUCAGCGUUCACGUACAUCGCCCAAGCGGACCACCUUUAAUGCCAAGUCCGUGGGCUUCGAGUUGUGUGUGUGUGUGUGUGUGUGUGUGUGUGUGUAUGGUGGAGUGGGGAGGGGGACGCUUUACGGUAAAGUCGAGCUGUGGGCCGCGGACCAGCAGCCUCCACCACGAAGGGUGCCUUGGUGCCCCGAGUCGGGCCAUCUUGUGCCCCCUUGUCGGACGCCCACCUGAAGCCUCAUUCCGACGGCUGAUGAUCUCCUUUGUAUUUGAAGGUAGAAGGUGACUGGGUGGUCGGACGUUUUCGAGUGAAGAUGGACUCGGAUGAAGGAGAGCAGCUCCGUCUUCAGUGCGCCAUAUUGGAUUCAGUGCUGCUGCCCCUUCCCGGUUAGGAAUUCGGAUUUUGUUUUUUUUUUUGUUUUUUUUUAUAUCUUAAUGAACUGAUAGUGGGGUCUCCCACUCAUACCAGGGACGGCUGGGAGUGCCCCGCAUUGUGACAUGGCCUGGUUGUGCCACUCGGUGCCCCCACCAGCUCAUGUGCCUUUAGGGGAUGGCCGCCCACACUUAACCCCCCCCCCCCCCAAAAAAUAUCCUGGAGUGUGGGUGUCACACUGGUUUUUGUCACACGGCUAGGAGGCACAUUUUGCCUUUUGUCCUUUUUCUUCGGGGCUACGUGGGCAGUGCCACGUCCUCUAGUCGGGCACCCCCCUUUUUGAAAGAGUUUGAUCAGACCCCCUCCCCGCCCCCGCAUGGCCUUUGUGUUUCAGGUCCGAGGCGCAUCUCCCGGGACAGGACCGGCUUUCCUGCAUGAACUCUUAAGUGUAAAUGAGGUGAGGGGAGAGGGAUUUGAAAAAUAUUUAAUUCUCACGUGGCUAUUGUACCCGGCGACCGACAGAUUUAUUUUAAGUAAAAACAAAAAGUAAAAAUCA